AUGUCUUCAAACGCACUGAGCAUGUUCAGUCCCUACCACCUCGUCGUCACAUGGCCAGCCGUCUUCCUGUGUGCCUUGAUGCUGGUUGCGUGGGGGGGCGGCCAGGAGGAGCAGGAGAUGGUGUUUGAUGAUCAGCGGUUUCUGCUGUACAUGGAGAGUGAGCGGAGAAGACUACGUGCCGAGAGAAGAGCAGCGGCGGAGUCUAGAGCUGUGGUGGGUGGUAGGGUCAACAAGCGAAGGAGGAGGAGGACGAGUGGGGUGAAGAUAAAGUUGGAGAAGGGUGAGAGUGAUACAGAGGAACGAGGACAGGAGCAGAAAAAGAGGCAGAGACAGGUUGAUGAUGGUGAUAAAAAUGAUGAUGAGGUGGUGAUGGUGGAGAUGGAGGUAGAGGAGCUCUCUGAUGCUUCUGAUGUCCCUGCCCAGGGUGCCUUAGACACCAUCGAUCAGGACCAGUCCCAAGACCAGAUCGAAAAGCCAGACAAGUUCGUCUCAUUGGCUUUCAGCUUCCAGAGCAGGCACAGCCCACUCGGCUCACCCCCCCGCAGUCCUACUCAAACCUCCAUUCAGGCCGCCCCCAUCCCACCUCCCAUCUUCUCUAUCAAGCCCGAGUCCCCCCCACCCCGUACCUUGGGUCCAAUCGUGGAGAACUGGUCCCUCCGCUCCCCUUCGAUAAUCGUUCCACCUACGCCCUCGCCCUUCACACCUCAGCCCACGCCCCCCACACAACCUGCACCACUAGUCAAGUCCCCACCACCCCCAGGAAGCUAUGUUCUCCGCCGCCGCCCGCCCUCCUCCCAUCUCCCCAACAGCAUCGACACCACCGACCUCUACGACGGCCCCUUCCUCGUCGUCCCGAGUUUCCCCCGGCAAAACCGGUUUGUAACGAUCUCGCUGCCCUUAGGCUCGCUGACAUCGCCACGAAUCGCAGUCGACGACGUCGUUGUUACCUCGGCGCCGGAAAAUAAGGGGGGGUAUGGGAAGGAGGGGAAGGGCGGAGAGCACGGGGUCUAUAUCAUCGAUAGGAUCCGCGGUGAGAGGAUUGUGGAGGCGAAGCGUGGGGUCGGGUGGGCGAGAGAGAUGCUGGUGCAUUGGGAGGGGUGGGGGUGUGAGGAUGAUACUUGGGAGCCGGAGGAGGGGCUUCCGGUGGAGGUGGUGGACGCGUUCGAUGCGAGGGUUUUGGAGUGGAGGAUAGGCUUGAAGGGGUAUUGA